CUCCCCUUUUAUAUUAAUUCAGAUUCCAACACCCAUUGUCACAAUGGACGGACUUACAGCUUCCGAACAGCGCGAGUUUGCUGCCCGCAUGGAGCGAAAGCAGAUGAAGGAAUUCAUGACCGUACGUUUUCCCCGUUCUCAAGCCCUAAGCUUCCAUACCUACCUUCUUCCAUCAAACUAUCAAAUAUCGGACUUCACCAUUCAACUCCUGGAACGAAUUCUAACCGCAUACUCUCUCGCUUUCUCUCUCCAGAUGUACUCCAAACUCGUCCAGCGCUGCUUCGAUGAUUGCGUCAACGACUUCACCACCAAAUCCCUCAUCUCCCGCGAAGAAGGCUGUGUCAUGCGCUGCGUGGACAAGUUCCUGAAGAGUUCCGGCCGCCUGAAUGAGCGAUUCCAGGAGCAGAACGCCGCCAUGAUGCAAAGUGGCCAGUUGCCUGGGCGGUAAAUCAUACCAGUUUCAAAAAAUAUCGGGUUAAUAUUAUUAUUUUCUUUUGCUUUGUGUUCGAAAGGUGCUUGUUAUGUUCUGCGCUGCGCUGCUCGGCUGUGAGUAGUUCGCGGGCUGUGUAAAUUAGACUCUCAAUGAUAACCUCCUUUUCUUUAUGGAUGUAUUUGCUGUGGAUUGUUGGGAUUGAGCUUGAGCUUGGGCUCCAAAAACGUGACGUGUUGGUGUUGCGGGUUGCAUACUCAGGUUGGACCUAGGGGAUGAUGAAAAGGUACAGUAUGGUUGCAUGUUGGUUGUGGCUUAAUUCUUUACGGAAUACUGUUUGCUUACUUAGAUGACGCGUUGCAGUAUGAUCUUCUGCUGUGGAUAUAUCUAGGAUAUUCAUAUGCUAUAUAUAUAUAUAUAU